GUAGUAGUAGCAGCAAGCGGCGUCAGCACUGCACCUACUGCAAGAACCACGCCAGACACUCCCGUAAGACCAACCACAAGUGUGAGUUCGAGAACUGUGAGUGUCUGCUGUGUAAAUUGACGAGGCUGAGCCGCCUCAUCAUGCGGCACCAGCAGCGCCUCUGGCGGCACCUCAAGGACAGCAGGAGGAGAGAGGACGCUGCUGAGGGCCCUGCUACUGCUGGUGCUCUGCUGCCCCUCGCUGCUGCUGGUGGUAGUGCUGCUGGUGGGGAGGUGGUGGUCUAUGAGGCUUCCGGUGACGGCGCUGAAGGUGCAGGAAUAAGACUCUCCAGUAAACAGCAGAAGUGUGACAUGUGCAGGAACCACGGGGUGAUGAAGGAGAAGAGAGCCCACAAGAAUGACUGCCCCUACCAGAGCUGUCCUUGUGAGCUAUGUGGACUCUCCAGGAAGCGUAGGAAUAUUAUGAAACAUCAGCAACGUGUUAGAAGGUCACAGGUAACAAGCCAGCAGCGCAACGAGGCCUAUGACUACGUCACUCGGACGACUGCAGAACUAGCCCAGAUGUCUAUUAAACCUACGCCCACUACCACCACCACGCCCACGCCCACCACCCCAAGCACCAGCACGCCCAUGGCUGCCCUGCCGCCGCCCACGGCUCCAGCUCCUGGCACCUCUAGUAGCUGUGCUCAACCCUCCUGCGUCACCACCACUCCCACUGUUACCUCUACUGUCAUGGACGCUCCGCCCCUGGAAGUGAUGGAGAACAGUCCACCACGGCAGUGUCUACAUAGACCAGUUUUGCCUGAACCCAGGAAUCCUAUUCCUCUUGGUCCAGUGCCACUACACUGUGAUGCUGCACCACCACUACAAGCCUCCGGCUUCCAGUGUCCCCUGGGCAGUUCUACCGCAACCGCAGCCACAUGGAGAAACCUCAAGAGGGACCAGGAAGAGAUAGAUGGUAGAAACCCUAGGGUCUUCAGAGACAGUCUCUUCAGGAACUUGGAUUUCAUGAGAGGUAAUAACAAUCUUCUUGCGAGAGAGGAUGCAAUGAUGGGAGGUGAGAGCAUAUGUACCUAUGAUACAGUGGGUAGGAUGGAGCUGGUCACCUGCCACAACGCUCCCUAUGCUCUCCACGCUCCAGCUCUGGCUGACUCCAGCCUCACAGCUCCUUCCAAGAAGACCCGCUUCACCUUCACUAAUGAAGACUUGCGUUACAGCCACCGCUUCUGGGGCACCAACCCCAUGGAGACGGAUAUGAACCGUGUCUCUGACGACCUCCAGCAUGUUGGCUACCGCAGAAUGGUCACCAAUAGUCAGGAUGUAAGGAUGAGAUCUCCACCAGCACUCAUACCACUACCACAGCAGCAGCAGCAGCAGCAACAGCAACACCACCACCACCACCACCACCAGCAGCAGCCACUGCGCCCACAGCCCCUGACACCACUCCGACACCCCACUUUUCGCCACAGCGUGGAGUGGGACCCCGUCAGUCUUCCCUACUUAGCGUACUCCCUGCUGCAGACCCGAACCUACAAUACAUCCCUGCCCACCUCUCCGUUUGGCCUGGGACGGGUGGCACCCUUUCUUAACCCGUCAGUACCUUAGGGAACACCACCAUCCUUCUCGCUAAGACUCUUAAGAACUAAUGAUGAGCGUAGAUGUGUUGAAGGUCAGCGGGGAGCACCAUAACACAAGGCCAGUACAGAGUUAUCAGCACCCUGCCGUUCCUUCCAACUUCGCCACUAUUAUUAAAUUAACGGGGAAGCGCUGAGCCCAUAAGGGUCAUACAGUGCCUGGGAAACAAGGGGGCAAUUAGAUUUUAUAUGAGGAAAAGGAGAGUACCUCCAAAUCCUUGCAUCAAGAGCCCCUCACCAGCAUUAAGGCACCAACCUCCCUUGAAGGAAUCUCGCCACUAGACUCCGCUGGGGAGAGUACCCUUAAAUAUUGCUUCUUUACGUCUCUGUACAGUUUAUUUAUUAUUGUAGCAGCCCAACACCCACAAGAAGCUAUGACAGUAAUUCUCACCCAACACAACUUGUGAAGAAAACCUUAGACGAGGUUAUAAGUCUUCCACAACGAUCAUAACUCAAUUAUAAUCAAAAGUAAAGCUGAUAUUAUCAUACUGUAUUCACACACAGGCGCUAAACUUGUAUGGGUCAUACAGUGCUGAGUCGAGUUGAUUGGGCACUGGUUAAGUAUAUAAUAAAUUUUUUACCACUAUGAUUCUCUUGUACUGUUUUAUCAUAAACAGUGCUAUUAUAUUACUAUUAUUAUUAUUAUUAUUAUUUGUGUGUAGUUUUGAAUAAAGUUAGUGAAUAUUUACAAAUGUAUUUUUCAUCCCUAAAUUCCACCUAUCCUUAUUUUACUACACUAAUUUUUUUAUGAGGUUCUGAAAGUCAGUUUCUUAAUGCUUCCUGAAAAUUUAAAUAGUAACCGUUAUUUUCUUUUAGUAAGGUUAAAUUAAGUGAGGGAGGGUUGGGCUACACAAACCUACAGCAAUGUACAUUUGGUCCCAAAUAAGCAAGAUAUAGAAAAAUGUCACCACUCACCUGGUAACAAGAUGGCCAAUUAUUAUAUUGAAGGAGAAGUGCUAAACCCAUAGUGGUUUUGCAGUGCCUAGGAAAUGGGAGGCAGAUAGGUUUGAUGCAAUGAAUCACAAGCCCCUCCCAGCAUCAUUAACCCUCCCUUUAGGGGACGAGGUGUCCAAAAAUAAAGGAAAAACCUACAAAUGUGGAUGAUUAUUACUUGUGGUGCAAGAAUGAGCUGCUAAAUUAGCGAUACUGUAAUGAGUUAUUGCAAUAUACUGUACCUGUGUAUGGUAUGUGUGUGUGUUAUUAAGUAUCCAGAUAUAUACAGAAUGAGUGAGGGAAAUCCCAUGAGAAAAAGAUUAAAAGGAAUGAUUACCUAUAUAUAUAGUUUGACCUCCAGCUCAAUAAGGUCCUCUUUCACUGAUCAGUGUUCAUUGCACUUUGAUGCUCUUUUUGAUUAUAAUAAUAAUAAUAAU